GUAAAGAGUGCAGAGCAGAGCAGCGCAGCGCAGCAGAGAGACUCUCUACAGCCUACUGUGUCCUUCACCUCCGGGAUUACCGUUUUCUCUCCGUCUGAACAGACCUGCGCUCUAAAUGAAGCUUGGUUCUUCUCCGUGAUUUCUUCGCCAUGAGCUGCCUGGAUGUGAUGUACCAAGUGUUCGGUCCUCAGCCUUAUUUCAGCUCCUACAGCCCUUAUCACCACCAGAAACUGGCCUUGUAUACCAAAAUGCAAGACCCCCAGGACAGCGGCAGCCGGCUCGGACCCCCGGGCCCCCCGUCCAUCAAAGAGGAGGACAAGGAGCUGCCGCCGGGAGCCGAGUACCUGAGCUCCCGCUGCGUCCUCUUCACUUACUUCCAGGGAGACAUCAGCGCUGUGGUGGACGAACACUUCAGCCGAGCCCUCAGCCACACAACCGCGUACCCUGCCUCAAGCAGCCACAAGGCCGUCAGAGAUGGAUCAUUCCCGAUGAGCCAGAGAAGUUUCCCUCCGUCUUUCUGGAACAGCUCCUAUCAGCCGUCAGUCUCCUCUACGCUCGGCAGCGCUCUGUCAGCUCCUCACACAGAGCUCCCCUUCCCUGGGGACCCGUACUCCUCUGCCUCCCUGCACACCCACCUCCACCAGCCCAGCCCUGACUCCUGGCACCCAUCCCAUCACCACCACCACCCGUACUCACUAGGGGGCACUAUAGGCAGCCAGGGCUCAGUAUACCCGCGUCCAGGGGUUCACGAGAUGUACGGCACGGCGUUUGACCCACGUUACGGUUCUCUGUUGGUGCCAUCAGUGAGGCCUCAUCACCGUCUCACGUCCAGCAGCUCGGUACCGGGACCCAGCGCCUCGCCCUGUGACCUGGGAGGGAAAGGGGAUUCAGGGACGGGUUCGGCCUGGAGUGGCGCCUUCACUGGAGCCGGAGCAGAAAUCGGACUCAACAUGGACACAGGUCUGCAGGCACAGGAUAAGAGCAAGGAUUUGUAUUGGUUUUAGACACUGCUGAGACUCUUCCCUCCAGCUUCACUCCUACUUCAACUGUAGCCUCUUUCCUAUACUCCUCCUGCUCUUCUCUGUUGCUCUGCUGCUGUUAUGGGAUGUCUGAGAGAGAAACUGAAUAUCAAUCAGACAGCAGUUUUGUGCUGUAACUGCUUCUGGUCUACUUGCAGCUCGUUGUUACGGAGGACUUUGCAGCAGCAGUACAGCCCUGCUAAGCUGAAAGCUGACAGUGUGGAUACAAAACGAGCGUGGAAACAAAAGCGAACUCACGGAGGAGACAGAGAAUCUGGCCUUGACGGAUGUGGACAAAGACAAGACUCUUUGUGCUUCUAUAACAGGCAGGGACAACAUUCCUAAACUUGAAAAAGUCUGGGGACAGACAGACAGAGACAUGUGCUGUCAAACUCCAAAGACAAUCGCUUGAAGGACUUGGCAGGACUUGCCUCCCUGGGACAACUGGGCAACAGACACUGGGAGUGUUGUGGCUGGAGGAAAGGCUGUGCUGGUGUUGAGGAGGCCGCACAGCAAGAAUUUGGCAGACUGUGAAGGCAGGAGGAGUCCAAACACUUUGGUUUACAUGGAGUAUUGGUUCAAUGUUAACUGAAAAAAAACACUGUCAGUAUUUUAUGGCACUGUACAAGUUAAAUUAAACAGUUCUGACUGAUAACAAAAGAUAUUUAAGUUAUGAUUUGAUUUUGUAAGUGUUUCAAUUAACAGCUGCAACAACUUUACAGCUGUGUCCCUAUUCCAUACUGUGUGGAAGCAGAUUUUUUGCACAAAAAGUGUCCUUUAAAAAGUCAGUAAGCAUAUGAAAUUAUGUAUGAAACUCUUGAUGUAUGAGUAAGCAGUUGAUGGUCGCCAUUGUCCCCGCAAUGCAAUGCACAAAACACAUGGAGGGGCUGCAGACAGCUGCAAAAAUAUAUACAUAGGUGAAACUACUCCAGAAUAUCUUAGAAAACAGAAAAAUUUCUCUUUGUGAAUUUUAAUUGGCAGUGGCAAAGUCACAGUUUGACUGACAUGCAUUUAGGGCACUUACUUCUUCCGUUCCUGUUAGUACAUUUGAGUAUAGUGAUUUCUGGCAUGCUAAGUUCCCAUAUUAGAAUUUGCAUAUACAGUAAAGUAGACCAUAUGGAUACUGUUUACAUGUAGUAUGGAAUUGGGACACACUUUUCUCAGUAGGAUGUUACAAUGACUGGGGAGUCAGCAUAUAUUUAGUGAUUUGCAAG